CCUACUUACAAGGUUCUCUCAACUUAUUGCUCAGUGGCUUUCUGCCAUGAGCUCCCUGACUCGCUUUUUCCACAAAUUUCACACAACGCGAAACAUCCGAGCAUAUUCUUCAUUUUUCUCUUCAAAGCCAGGCGGCGGUCGUUAUUUCAAUCCUGCCAAACCUCCCAAGGUCGUACCCGCCGCGUCCAAGAGGAAUAACAAGCCAGCAGUAGAUCAGGCUACUGCCUCACCAGACACCGCCGACGACAUAUCCACGUCCAACUUCUCCUCCGGCGAACACCAACAUAAUCACUCAUCCGCUAAUAACCAAACAGUCGAGCACGACGGAAAUGCCGUCCCUAAAUCGGACUCGACGUCGACCUUUACCCACUCUACUACUUUGCCACGAGGCAACACACCGUCAUACCCUCACCCUAUGAUUGGGGACAAAGAUUUCAAACUACAUCAGUUUUUCUCUUUACACAGACCCUUGCUUCUCCUUUCAAACCCUUCCUCAGUCCUCGCUGGGCCACCUCCUGGCACAAGUAUAUUCUCUCGAUCGGCCCCGCCACCGCAGGAAACCGCAAAUCUCCUCUCUAAGUCUGCGGUUGUUCCGGAGGACAUACUCUCGGAAGUUUCGUACGAAGCCGACGCGGAGACUGCACGUACGCUGACUCGCGCCAUGACCAUCGCUCGGUUGGGCUCAGUCGUCGAUUGGGAAGCUACGAUGCAGAGGUUAGGUUUGGAAUCACACUCCGAGUCGGAAAGAGCGGAACUCAAGGAAAGGUUGGAUAAGGAGUAUCGGGACGUAGUGAUGGAUAGUGUGAAGAGGAAACGACGAAAAAAGAUGAAGAAACACAAGCUCAAGAAGCGCAGAAGGGAUACCCGUGCGCAACGACUGAAGAUGCGGUAAACGUAAUCUCAAGCCAUAUGGCAAGAAGAUUGUCUGCUUCAAUGAACUCGUAAUUAGAGAUAGGAUUGACUCACUCCGUUAUCUUUGCCCAGUACACAUACACAGCGGUGCGAAGGGACGAGUUCAGGGUGACACACAUGAACGCAUCGCUAAUGGUAAUGAUACAACAAGCAGACUAUUCCACACCUACAGUAAACACCACUAAGUUACCGUAACAAUCUCCCCUCUGCCAUCUUUCAAUAUUACCAGUUCGC